GAAGCUUGACAACUUCCCGCACAGCCAGAGGCGAGAGGGGAAGGAUGUUAACUCGUCCUCCCCGGUGAUGUUGGCCUUCAAAUCAUUUCAGCUGGAACUGGAUGCAAGGCACGACAAAUAUGAGAGACUUGUGAAACUAAGCCGGGACAUAACUGUUGAAAGUAAAAGGACAAUUUUUCUCCUCCAUAGGAUUACCAGUGCCCCUGAUGUGGAAGAAAUAUUGGCUGAAUCAGAAAUUAAGUUGGAUGGUGUCAGACAAAAAAUAUCGCAGGUAGCCCAAGAGCUAUCAGGAGAAGACAUGCAUCAGUUCCAUCGAGCCAUUACCACAGGGCUGCAGGAAUAUGUGGAAGCUGUCUCUUUUCAACACUUCAUCAAAACACGUUCAUUAAUCAGUAUGGAAGAAAUUAAUAAGCAGUUGAUAUUUACAACCGAAGACAGUGGGAAAGAAAACAAAACUCCCACCUCGGAUGCCCAGAUGAAGCAACCAGUCACUUGGAGCCUGAAAGUCAUGCCUGUGGACUACCUGCUGGGAGUGGCAGACCUGACUGGAGAGCUGAUGCACAUGUGCAUUAACAGCAUGGGGAACGGGGACAUCGACACGCCCUUUGAAGUGAGCCAGUUUUUGCGCCAGGUUUAUGAUGGGUUCUCAUUCAUUGGCAACACUGGUCCUUAUGAGGUUUCUAAGCAGCUGUACACCUUGAAACAGAGUCUGGCCAAAGUGGAGAAUGCUUGUUAUGCCCUGAAAGUCCGGGGCUCAGAGAUACCAAAGCAUAUGCUGGCAGAUGUGUUUUAAGUUAAAACAGAAAUGAUAGAUCAGGAAGAGGGUGUGUCUUAGGGUAAUACCUGCCAGCUAUUCUCCUGUGACAGCUUCUAAGACUGUUACUUGGUGUUUCGUUUGACUUUGGUGUGGCUUUUACAUACAGAUGUUUUCAGGUGUACUGUUUUAAACUGCAUACAAACUGUAUAUAAAAUUACCCAAAUGAGUCGUUUCUUAGUGUUCCUGAAAGUUUGCAGUCAAGUGUUUACCCAUGUGUGUCUUUGUGAAGUUUUUGCUAACUUUUGUUGCUUAUCUAUUAUAUCAAUAUGUCUCAGGUUGCACUUUCUGUCAGACCUGUUUUAGCUUACAGUGUGUGAACUUUGGAGUUGUAGUUUUUAGUGGGGUUUUUAUUUUUCAGAGAAAAAAAUUUAUUAGUUAAACUUCUGGACUUGAGCUUCCUGUUUAUAAAUUUCUUGGUAGUACUGUGCCAAGCUUCCAAGAUAGGCUUAAUUCAUAGAUUGAGAAUUAAGGAACUAUUGGUAUUUUUUAAGUGUAAGUUUUGAGCUGUUAAUAGUGAGAAUUCAUAUAGUUCUGGCAACUUUUGGGCCA